ACAAUAACCGAUUUGAAGGUUCCGCAGCCGCGCGUGGAAGCGACGGCUAGGGCUUUGCUGGAUGGAGUUCGUCCCCGUCCAUAUAUAGGGAAGCUCAGAGAGGGGAAGCAUGUAGCAGCGCCGGCGGGCGACGCCAUCUCUCUCUCUCUCUCUCUCUCUUUCUUACACGCACGCAACUUCCAUGGCCGAUAACCCUUUUGAUGCUGUAAGCUAUCUCGCAUAUAGUGUCUUCCUGUUUCUGUAUUGGGGAGAUGCGUGUUUAUUCAUUUUAAUGCUCAUUGUGUUAUUCGGGAACGGGAUCAGGAGACGGUUCAUGAGAUCUUUAAGCUGGUAUGGAGGAGAAAAACACAAGGCUGUAGGCGGGGCGUCGAAGAAGAGGAGAAGACCUACCACUGCGAAUGCAAAUGCUCUUAAACUGAGUUGCGAGCUUCUUAGGAUCUUCGUUGCUGCAGAAGCCGUACAACGUGCUGCCAUUAUUGCUGAAGCUGAAGGUCUCGAAAAAGUCGAAGCCACACACUUGGAGAGGGUUCUGCCUCAGUUGUUGUUGGACUUCUGAGAUGUUGUACCAUGAAAGAUCAACGGAACUGUUAAACUGAGUGCUAAAUAUUUUAAGCCUUACACAGUUGCUGCAUCUCACACUUAUGGCGCCCCUUUUGAUUCUUCUUGUAUUUCUGUUGGAUUCCAUUACACAUGUAUAGCAUGAGUGAGCUGUGAAUGAAUCUCCUUGUCAAAGCAUGUUAGAAAAAAAAAAAGAGAUCAUGGUUCUUUCAUGCCAAAAAGAACCAUGUAUGAACAACAGGAAGGAAAUAAGCCAUUUACAACAUCAAAUUGUGAGAUUAAGAAUGUAACACAGAAUAAUAAACAUACAUACAGACAAGAAUAAAGGAAAAAACUGCCAUAGUUGCAAUUUGCAUCGGAUGGAUUGAGACCCUCUAGAAACUCCAGGAUGCAAAAGCUGAUGCCAUAGAAUUAAUAUAAGUAUUCCGGUUUCGUUUGUACUUGAA